UACGAAAUGGUUACUAAGCUCUUUUGAGCAUCAACUAGAGUUAUAUUUUACAAAUUUAAUACACAGUUGUUAAUGAUUACACUUUGUACAGCGGAGAGUGUUGUUAAGGGUUUUCAGUGUGUUCAAAUUGCAAUAAUAGUCCGAGUUUGAAUAUAUCGAGAUAUAUUUAUCAAAAUGUCGUUCUUAUCGAAUUUGAAGAAGGCCUUCCACUUUGGUGGCAAUGAUGCGAAGAAGAAGAAGUUAUACAAUAACAUCAAGAUGGAUUGUAAUCCAGAAGAGUUUUGGGAAAUGGUGGGUGAACUAGGAGAUGGUGCGUUUGGUAAAGUUUAUAAGGCACAACACAAGCAGUCCAACCAGCUUGCCGCUGCAAAAAUGUGUGCGUUGGAGGGAGAGGACGAUCUUAGUGAUUUUAUGAUCGAAAUAGACAUUUUGUCAGAAUGCAAGCAUCCGAAUAUCGUUGAAUUACACGAGGCUUAUUUUAUUGAGGGAAAAUUAUGGAUGUUAAUUGAGUAUUGUGACGGCGGUGCUGUGGAUUCCAUAAUGGUCGAGUUGGAAAAGGCACUAACAGAAAUGCAAAUAGCAUACAUCUGCCAACACAUGACUCUAGGUCUUGCCUUCCUACACAAAUCCAAAGUUGUACACAGGGAUUUAAAGGCGGGAAAUGUCUUACUGACUAUGGCAGGAGGUGUUAAAAUAGCUGAUUUUGGUGUAUCCGCCAAGAACAAGCAUACUCUGCAGAAACAUGAUACGUUUAUUGGAACUCCUUACUGGAUGGCACCCGAAGUUGUCUUAUGUGAAACGUUCAGGGACAAUCCUUAUGAUUUUAAAGUGGACAUUUGGUCUCUUGGUAUAACUCUUAUAGAGUUUGCACAAAUGGAACCACCGAAUCACGAAAUGUCACCGAUGCGAGUGCUACUUAAAAUACAGAAAGGUGAUCCGCCGAAACUGGAUCAGCCCGGGAAAUGGAGUAAGGAAUUUAAUGAUUUUAUUGCUAAAGCACUUAUAAAGGACCCAACCUCACGACCCACAGCUGACGAUUUGUUAAAGCAUCCGUUUAUAAGCCGAAAUUUAGAUCCAAAGCCUAUCAGGGACUUGUUACUUGAAUAUAAGGCGGAUGUUGUUGAAGAAGAGUUGGUAGAUGAGGAAGCAGAGGAGCAGCGCACGUCUCAGCUUCCUCUGGAACUGGAUCAAAUUACAGAUGACUCCGCACCUACGCGCCUUGAUGCUGAUGUUAAGAUCCCCGAAAAAGAAAACGUGGCAUUGCCUGCACCUGUGAAGAAAGAGGAGAGUCACAAACGAGAAAUCAAUCGGGAUGGUGAGAAAGAGGACAAAAAUAAGAGAUUGCGUAAAGCUGAGUCUAAAGAGAACAUACAGCCUCCUGUCGAGAAGAAGCAGGCACCUAAGCCACCAAGUGAAACAAAUGAGCGCAGAUUAUCUCGAGAUAAAGGUCCAGCACCUCCGCCACCACCCAUGCGUCAAGAUAGCGAAGAGAAGAAAAAGAAAGACGAGGAGAGAGAGAACAUUUCGAAAACCGUCGAGAAAGUCGCAAACCUUCCAGAUAAACAGAAAUCUACAGAAGACAACAAAUCACAUAUUAAUAAAUUAUCGCAAAAUGAAAAGACAGCGGAUCAGCGGCUGACAAAUGUUAAAGAUAAAGAGCAAAAGAAUUUAGAAGAUCAGACGCAAAAUGAAUUGAAUAAUUCCGAAAAGACAAAGAAAAUAGAGAGUGAGGGUAACAGUAAAUUAUUCGAUAAUAUAAAAAAGUUUGAAAAUCAGCAGAAGUUAAUAAACAAUAAAUCGAGUUCUGUCUCGAAGAAAUUGGGCAUAAAUGAGAAACGCAAGUCUGCACCCGUGAAACCAGAGAUGAUUGAAGACUUAUCAAAGAUAAUAUAUAAACAAUCAUCAUUUGAAGAUAAAAGCAGAAUGAAAAAUAAGCUGUCGUCUGUUGAUGAUGUAACGAAUUAUGAAUUACAAUCUCGAGAAAAAGAGGUUUACAAGAGUUUGGAGGAGAAGCGGAAGUCUGUUGGGGAGAAAUUAAAUGCCGUAUUGGAGAAGCGAUUAUCCAUGGAUCCUAAGAAAAGAAUAAGCGACGGUUCUAUGGAAACAUUGAAGCAUAUAUCCGUCGCGUCGACGCGUCUAUCGGAGAAGAAUAAUGUUAAAGCUAAUUCUACGGAAGAUAUUAAGACGCAGUUUGGCGUAACGAAGACUGAAAGUUCCGUGAAAAGUCGCAGCGCGGGAUCAUCCAGAAAUGAUUCUCUUGAAAGCUUCUCGGAUGAAUUAAGACACGCAAAAACAGAUAGUAAUAAGACGGAUUACGCCAAUCAGGAGGACGUAGCGAGUGAUGACAAGAGCUUAGAGAAACAGGAUCCAGGAAUUAAUGUUUCAGUGAUUACAUCGACACCGCUCAGAAGCAGAAGUGGUUCGAGGAGAAGCAGUGGAGAUAAUAUAGUCGUUAUUACCGGAAAAGCUCAACCUGAGCAAGAAGUACGCUUAAAUACAUCAACAGUCCAUAUUACUACCGACUCACCGGAUAUGUCAAACAGUCUAGCAAGUAACAUAAGUCAAGUAACCGUUGUGACAACGCAUCCGCCUGUAUUGGUAGACGCGCCCUCGACAGCAGUCACGACAACGACGCCUCUUCCGCGUCGCACCUCUCCGACAUCGGAAGUCGUUAUCGUUGCUAACGAGAUGAAUAAGACUCAAGUGAACGAUAGUUCUGUCGACGAUGACGCGUUUCCUAGUUUGGAUAGUCUAGAAUACACACCGCAGGAACAGCCUAUCGUACUCACUGACGUAUCUAAGAGAAUCGGCAAAAAAUUGGAUGAGUCAGAGGUAGUUAUAGUAAGCUCCAUCGUGGACGAAUUGCAGGAUACCAGUCAUGUUUCUGUGGUCACCGUUGGCGAGGAUAAGGAACAAGUGAAAGACUCAUCGAUAUCCAAAAAACACAACGUCAUUCGUACUGGCUCGUCUCAUAGUGAUUUGAGUUCGAAUGAGAGAUUGAGCUUAAGAAGUGACAGUGGGGAUGAGAGUGGUAAGGUGAUAAUUGCUAGUACGACCAUUGAGUCUCCAGAUAUAGACGAUUACGAAAGAAACGUGAAGAAGUUAAAUGGAUUGAUCAAGAACGAAAUGCCACAUCACGCCGACGAUAGGAUCGUGAAGACAGUCAGACCGAAAGAGAUCAAUGUUAAGAAUUUCAAUAAGGAGAAACGAAUUUCUCCAGACAGUUUUGAGGGUUCUCGUUCCCAGAGCGACUCUAGUUCCAUAAGAUCACACACGCCAAGUAAGAGCAUCGAUCGUUCUGACGCAGAAUCUAUUUCGACGACGAUCAGUCAGGAUAGUAGGGAAUCGAAUAAGGAAAACCGUUUGAAUCAACCUCAACAUACGGAGGUAGAUGAGGAAGUCAUCUUACGUCGAAAACCUGAUUACAAUCGUGAGAUAUCCCGACCAACUAGAACAAAGGAAGACAUACAAAUGAUGAACCUGAAGAAAAAGACGAGAAAGCGCACGAGGAAGUUCGAAAUUGACGGCGUCAUGAUGACGACGACGACCUCAAGGGUAAUAUACGGCGAUGAUGAGAAUGGCAAAGUGUACGACGAUCAGAUAUUCAGGAAGCAAGAACUACGGGAAUUGAAGAUGCUGCAGAAGAUGGAGCAGAAACAAUAUCAGGAUCUGUCUCAAAAAGCUCAAUUCAAUAAGGACCAGCAGGAAAAACGAUUCGAGCAAGAACGACAAAUUUUAGAACGGAGUGCCGAAGCGGAUUUAGAAGCGCUAGCUCGACAACAGAGACAGCAAAUCGAACGCGCCGAAGCACAGCAAGAGGUCGAUUUGCGAGUGUCGUCCAAGAAGAUUCGAAGCGAACAAGAGAGAGAACUCAAACAAUUCCGAGAAGGCCUGAAACAAGAAUUAAGAUUGCUCAAGCAAGAGAUAGACUUGAUGCCAAAGGACAAACGGAAGAGCACGUUUAAAAUACGGAAGGAGAAGCUUGAAGCAGAACACGAGGAACGGGAAAAACUCUUUUUGGAGAAGCUCAACGAGAGUCACGAAAUGUCACUAAGACGAUUGUCCGAUAGCCAUCGCGAGAAGAUCGCAUUAAUGGAGCGACAGUUCUUGCAGCAAAAGCAGCAACUGAUGCGUGGUAGAGAAGCGGCGAUCUGGGAGCAGGAGGAACGGCAGAUACAUGAGCGGCAGCAGUUACUCAAGAAACAGCUCAAGGACAUCUUCUUCCUACAAAGACAUCAGAUGCUCAUACGGCACGAGAAGGAGCUGGAGCAGAUGAAGAGGAUGAAUCAGAGGAAGGAGGAGGAGUUGAUCAAGCGACAAACAGUGGAACGUAGAAACUUGCCGAAGAGAAUUCGCAACGAGAUGAAGGCGCGCGAGAUGAUGUUCCGAGAAUCGAUGAGGAUCUCAAUGUCGUCCGUGCUUGCACCAGAUCCCGAUGCCGAGCGUGAAAAGCUGAAAAAGUUUCAGGAGAACGAGAAGAAGAGAUACAGGGCAGAACAGCAAAGAUUCGAAUUAAAGCAUUCCAGACAGCUCGAAGAGGUGAGGGCUCAGAGUGACGCUACAAUCAAGGAAUUGGAACAAUUGCAGAAUGAAAAGCGAAAGAUGUUGAUGGAGCAUGAAACCCUGAAGUUGAAGGAGCAAGAAGAGGCCUAUGGAAGAGAAAUUCGUGAAUGGAAAGCGCUACUUAAGCCUCGAAAGCAGAAACUUGAGGAACAGUUCGCGUUACAAUUAGAGGAGCAGGAAGCGAUUUAUGGGCCUAGCGCGAUACCACUGUGCUUACCAGCCGAUCUUCCUGAUCUAACACACCACACAACUGAGUCUACACGUAGCUCGUUGUCUUCUGUGAGCGAGGGCUGAAGACGUUCGAUACGAAAGAACUUGUAUAAUCCGCGUGAUCACGUAUCCGAGUGUCUUUAACUGAAAUGCAUGGGAUGAUCAGUAUAUCCCUAUCGUCAUCCAAUUUGUAUUUGUAUAUAUAUCGCGAUAAUUCGUUUUGGAACUGAAUAUUAAAUAAUUUUUAUCUAGAUGCGACUGUUGUUUGUAUGUAUGAAUAAUUGAGUCACCGGAAACAGUGGUGAUAUAAUGUUGUUUUGAAAUUUUUACACGUCGCAUUUAUAAUUCUUGAAUAACGUUGGGAUCAGUGUCGCGGUGU